CACUCCAGGGAAACUCGGAAAAAUCGGAAAAACAGAAACGUUCCUGAAAUUUUGCACGGACGCAUUUGGACACCAUCGCGCGACCGACUGAAAGGAAUAUCCCCCGUUCUCCGUGGACUGGAGCUGAAGUGAACGCUGCGUACUCGUGGGACGUUCGAUACAGAUGAGUGAAAAUUUCGAGGAGAGUCCAGUUUCGGACGGCAAAAUGGAUAUAUCGGAGCCCACGACGACGUCUCAAGAGUCUGCCGGCGUUUCGCCAAUAAAUGAAGACAAAGGGAUGUCUGCCAUGGAGGAGUGCGACUCUGUGAGGACAAGUUCGCCUGUGCAAGGGCAGACAAUGGCCUCAAAAGGGCUGCGGAAAGUGGCGAACACGGAGGACUACUCGCACAGCACCGCAUCGUCGAACGCCACAACGAAGCUGGACAAUCGCCUGGACAAUGAUCCCGCGUCAAAAUUGCGCUUGUCGAACUCAAACGGUAGCGCUACAGGUCGGAGUGAACUCACCAUCGCGAACAGUCAUCCCUUGAUGUCUCCGCCUGGGACAGAUUCUGACUCCGAGAACGGUCAUCGUCGUGCUUUCAACUUCCCGGACGUUGUGCCUGAAAAUGAACCGCUGCGCCUUGCAAAUCCGCCUGCGAUUCGUCUAAACAAAACAACCACAGCAUCCAUGUCGGCGUCGCAGGCAACUAAUCGAAAUCUGGACGUGACUGCCGACUGCACUACCACUUGCGGCAUGCGGAAUGCUCGCCGCAAGAUAUCAGUUCUACGCGAACCCAGUCCUGACCUGAUCAGCAGUGAAUCGGAGCAGGACGUUUCACAGUAUCAAGCGAAUGUAGAGCCCAAUUACCAGUCCGUCGCGCUUAUAUCGAAUAAUCUCACUCGGAGCUUGAAGAUACCGCCCAAACCGCUUUCCCGACGGAAAAUUCCCGUCGCCACCGACUUGCUCUCUGACGACAUGUCGUCCCUCGACUCGAUCUCAAAUCAUAGCUUCGAUGACGACAUGGAACCGAAUUUGGCCUCGCUUAGUCCUUCCAGUUCCGUAAUGGGAGGCUUUAGUGAUAAGGAAGACGAUUUCCCCGACCUCGACACUCCGACGAAUGUUCAGCCCGACCCCAUCGCCCAGUAUACGGCCGAAGAGGAGCGCAGCGAUUCCCGCAAUUGGCAGAAGAUCACAUUACCUGACGGGAAGAUGCGCGAAAUCGACAUGAAAGUGAUCGAACCGUACAAGAGGGUGCUUUCGCACGGUGGGUACUUAAAAGCCGGCGGACAUAAUGCUAUUGUGAUAUUUUGUGCUUGCCACUUACCGGACCGAUCUCGUACCGACUAUCAUUAUGUGAUGGACAACUUGUUUUUGUAUGUUGUGAAGACUUUAGAGCAACUUGUCACGGAGGACUAUGUUCUCGUUUACUUGCAUGGCGGAUCAAAUAGGAGGAAUGUUCCCCCAUUUCCGUGGCUUAAAAAAUGUUACCAGUUGCUAGACCGUAGGCUGCGGAAGAGCCUGAAGAAUAUGUACUUAGUUCACCCAACGUUUUGGCUUAAGUCGAUAGUUUGGAUGACCAGACCUUUUGUGAGUUCAAAGUUCUGGCGCAAGUUGAUUUACGUUCGUUCACUAGAAGAACUCUAUAGCCUCGUAUCAGUAGAAAAAGCAGCGAUACCAGAUAAAGUAAAAAAUUACGAUUCAAAGCAUUCAUAAUCACAUUCGCCGCUGCAUAAAAAGCUUACAAGCUAAAGGAUAAUGUUAAGUACGAAUUAUUUACACGAACGCAAAACGCUUUCAUUGAUGCUUCUUGGUAUGUACGUUCACUUAUUUUUAUUCGAAAGGAGAACAUGACGUUACGUUGGGAAGCACUUCAACGAUAUUCUGGUAUUUUAGUUUUACAUUCCACUAUUUGGAUUGUGAUAAUUUUCCUCGUAUUACGGACAAUUUUUUAUAUAUUCAAUGGUUCACAUAUUUUUAAAGGACAUUUAUUCACUUUCUAGUUGAUAGUUCCAUGAACAAAUUAUUCUGACUUCUGUUAGUGCUAGGCUUUACUGACUAUUAUUAUUAUUUGCGGUGCUGUGAAGACUUGGUAUUGAUAAAGUUGGCACCCAUUUUGAUCGUUUAGAGAGACGCUGUGUUCGAGAAAGCAAUAAAAAUAUAUACAAUGUUGUAGUGUUUCAGAAUAAAAGUAUAAAGUGUA